CCCGUCUCCGGCUGCAGGACUCUCGGCAAACUUCUGGGUUUUCACUUUGAAAGCGGCCACACUGGGAUUAUUGGGAAGAUUAGGCAGAGGGAGAUUCAGACUGACCUGCAGGAGGAAGAUGUUACUGACAGCCUCUCUCGGGGAUACCUGGCUGGACGGAGGCUGUGCUAAAAGCCAUCGUACUCCCGGCCACUCCAUGUGAGCACUGAACCUUGCAGGAGGUCCCAGACGCACCGAUGGUUUUUGGCAGCACCGCAGAGGCAUGUCACAGGCUCGAUUCCUUAUUCUCCUUGUAGCAUUGUCCAUGAAUUUUCAGAGGGCAUCAGUUGAAGUUCUGGAGAACACCGUGGAAAAGUGGCAAAGAUAUUCUGAUGAAUGUUUGAGAAACAUGUCCCGGGCCUCUCAGCCAAAAGGUGUCGUGUGUAACCGGACCUUUGAUAAGUACGCCUGUUGGCCUGAUGGUCUCCCAAAUACGAUUGUGAAUGUUUCCUGUCCCUGGUACUUGCCGUGGUAUAACACAGUGCAGGGUGGCUUUGUGUUCCGGAAGUGUGGGCCUGAUGGCCACUGGGUGAUGGACUCCAUUAAACAGCCCUGGAGGGACAGUAGCCAAUGUAAAGAUGAUCCCAAGGACGACCGUGCUCAGGGGAAGAUUUUGCAUGGCUUCAAGAUUAUGUACACGGUGGGAUAUUCACUGUCCCUAGGAACCCUGGUGUUGGCCUUGGGAAUUCUGGUGGGAUUUGGGAAACUUCACUGUAUGAGGAACUACAUCCACAUGAACCUGUUUGCCUCGUUCAUCCUCCGGGCCAUCUCGAUCCUCAUUAAAGACGCGCUUUUUAAAACACAGUACAAGCAAAUCACGGAGGAUGUUGACAUUAAAGUCUGGUUUAACAAUGAGACUGCAGCAGGAUGCAGAACAGCUCAAGUGCUCAUGCAGUAUUGCAUUGGGGCCAAUUACUACUGGCUGUUGAUCGAAGGGAUUUACUUACACAAUCUGCUGGUGAUUGCAGUCUUCUCUGAAAAGAGCUACUUCAAUAUUUAUUUAUGCAUUGGUUGGGGAGCACCAGUGUUAUUCGUUGUACCUUGGGUGGUCGUCAAGUAUUUAUAUGAAAAUACCGGGUGUUGGACAACAAAUGAAAACAUGGCCUACUGGUGGAUUAUCCGCUCUCCCAUCUUGCUGUCUAUACUGAUCAAUUUCUUCAUUUUUAUCCGAAUUAUUCAUAUCUUAGUUUCCAAACUUCGAGCUCACCAGAUGAGGUACACAGAUUACAAAUUCAGACUGGCUAAGUCUACGCUAACCCUGAUUCCUUUGCUGGGGAUUCACGAGGUGGUGUUUGCCUUUAUCACAGACGAGCAUGCCCAGGGUACACUUCGACAUGUCAAGCUUUUCUUUGAUCUGUUUUUAAAUUCCUUUCAGGGUAUGCUGGUUGCCAUAUUGUACUGUUUCGUCAACAGGGAGGUGCAGUCGGAACUCCUCAAAAAAUGGAAAAGGUGGAAGUUGGGGCAAGACAUUGAAGAAGAGUACAGGCACACAUACAGUCAGCCUCCGCACACAAGGAACGGGAGUGCCAACCUGGAGAAACACAAGCUGGUCAGCAACUAUCACAAUGGGACCGGUGAAUCCAACCAUACUGUGGAACCUGCGCCUCCUUACAAUGAAAAGGUGGAGCCAUCCUCUGAACAAAUAACCCUGAAGGAGAAACUACAUUGCUACGAAUUCCCUGAAGAAACAAACCACAAGACCUUGUGCUUGGUGGAGAGUAAUUGCUAAAAGGGUAGACACACCAUGACCACAUUCACGAGGAGGAUCUGACUGUGAGCCCAAGACAAGACUUUGGAAAUCAUGUCAUUUUUAAUGAAAAGCAGAGAGGAGCUCACCGAUUUUCAUCACGUGGAAUGCUUG